GAACACUAGCUGAUACGAUGCCGUUAAAUCCAAAACCUACGGUUGCACCUAAACACAAAUUAAUCAGCAAUCAGUAAGGAAGUAGACGCAAAAUGAUGCUGUUCACAGUUCUCUUUUCAUUGGUGUUGGUUAUUUGCCUUACUGACGCUAGGCACUACUAUUGCGAAAACAAUGUAAAAAUCGAUAAUUUUUGUUUAAUAACCAGCGUGAAUGAAAACUCGGAAUCUACCUGCAGAAUGAAUUUUCCAAACCAUACGACGAUCAAGAUUCAAUUCCCUCAAAUUGACAAUCUAUCCGCCAGGAUAGCUUACAGUAUGCGUAAUGUAGUGAAUUUGGAUAUUUCAAAUGGAUAUGUGAGAACCAUUUACGUUAAGCCCGAGCUGGAGUUCCUGCGAGUUACUGGCUGUCGGUUGAACCAGCUAUACAUCGAUGCCAAAGUACCGAAUCAGCUUGUUGAACUACAUUUAUCACAAAAUGAACUUUCUGAACUACCAGAACAUAUAAACCAUCUCGAAAAUCUGACGAUGCUUGAUUUAUCAAAUAAUUAUAUUGAAUUCAUUGACAUGAAUCAACUGCAUAACUUGAAAUUUCUCUCGAUCGUCGACAUCAGCUACAACCGAAUUAAAGUCGUAUUCGCCGCAGAUACAGUGACGCUCCCAGACCUGGUGUUCCUGAACUUGAAGCACAACAGCAUUACCGGAUUGCACAUCUCCAACUGGGAAACGCCGAUUUUAAACGAACUGGAUUUAUCCUAUAAUAAGUUGUCGUAUGUUGUAAAGUUUCCCCGAAAAUUUCCUCGGAUGGUAAGUGCAAAUUUCGAGGAAAACCCCCUGACUUGUUCCUGGAUGCGCGAUACGGCCACACAGCUAGAAGCCAACAAUGGAACCUUUUCAGCAAGCUUAGCUAGCUGCGUCGAGCCGCACAGGCUGUACGAAUCAAGCGAGACCUAUAAUCUGGAGCUGAAAAUGAAGGAUUUGUUACGGACAACGAUUUCAGAAAUUGCAAGCAACAUGACAGAAGUUUCGGUGGAUAUCGAUGACAAAAUUGAUGAUAUCUUUUGUCGCAUUGUUAAUGCUGGAAAAUAGAGUGUUUUUUUAAUUAUUAUAUGUUGAAUCCAAAAAUCGUUACUGUUUUAAAUUAAUUUGAAAUUGGAUUACAAUUAAUGAGAGUUGAAAAUUCAUCAAUAAAAAUGCUA